GACAGAGACGGCUCACAUUCCCUCCGACUGAGCGAACGGUCCCCGGCAGCAGUCCGACUGAACCUCACACCUCCGACCAAAGCAGCCAAAACCCGCGGAUUCCUUAAGAUCAACCUUUAUUUUCAUCUAACCUUCAUCCAUGCGAUUCUUCAGGCUUACCUUCAAGUGCUUUGUCGACUGCUUCUGAGAGACCCUCACAGGCUACUGCUUGCGACGCACCGAAAAUAUUCCAUCUUGAACUUUACCCUGACGGAGAACCAUUUUUUGAAAUAUCAGUGAACACUAUCGAUACAGGAUCAUCCCAAAGAAAGAACUGAAAAAGACGGCAUUUUUUAAAACGUGCGCUGUCCACCGAGCCGUUAUUUGUAAAUUACAGGGCUAGCCCUGCUGCUAGCCACUGACCAGCAUGACGCCAGAGCUAGGAGACCAUGACCAAAAGGAUGAAGAGAUGUGUCAGGAGGACAGACAGAAUAAGGAGGGGGAGGCCGAAUGCCCCCUGGUGGGGACAGCUGGGGGUUGUCAUGCUGAGGUGUGUGAGCCGAGUCCAGGCUCGGGGUCAGCAGACGGCUGUGUGUGCGACCCCAGGGCAAUUCUGGGUCACUCCGACAGACAGACAUGGAGCAGUCAGAUGGACUUUAUCAUGUCUUGUGUGGGUUUCGCUGUUGGCCUUGGCAAUGUCUGGAGAUUCCCCUAUCUCUGUUACAAGAAUGGAGGAGGUGUGUUUCUGAUCCCGUAUGUUCUGAUGGUGUUUAUCGGGGGCAUUCCAGUGUUCUUCCUGGAGAUUGCUUUGGGACAGUUCAUGAAACAGGGAGGAGUCUCUGCCUGGAACAUUGCCCCCCUUUUUAAAGGGCUAGGCUUGGCAUCAAUGGUGAUCGUGUUCUUCUGUAACACUUAUUACAUCAUGAUCCUGGCAUGGGGCUUGUACUUCCUGGUUCACUCCUUCACUUUCCAUCUACCCUGGGCCUCCUGCAGCCAUGAAUGGAACACCCCCAACUGCACACUCGACUUCAGUCGGGCCUGCUCUAAUUACACGUUCCUCACAUCCUCUGCUUCCCUGUCCUCACUGCUUAACAUCUCCUCCCUCAACACCAGUGGCAGCUGCUUGGAGCCGGAAGGCAUGCGUUCACCUGUCAUGGAAUUCUGGGAACGGAAGGUCCUGCGUCUCUCUGGUGGGUUGGAUGAAGUGGGUGAUAUCAACAGCCACAUGGUGCUCUGUCUGCUGGCCACGUGGGUCAUAGUGUAUUUCUGCAUCUGGAAGGGUGUUAAGUUUACUGGCAAGGUUGUGUACUUCACAGCUCUCUUCCCAUAUUUGGUGCUGGUGGUCCUGUUUUUUCAUGGAGUCUCACUGCCAGGAGCUGUCAGUGGAAUCGUUUACUAUCUGAAACCAGACUGGAGCAAACUCAGAGACGCACAGGUGUGGAUUGAUGCAGCCACGCAGAUUUUCUACUCAUAUGCAAUUGGUCUGGGAGCAUUAACAGCCUUGGGGAGCUACAACCGUUUCAACAACAACUGCUACCAGGAUGCAUUUGUGCUGGCUCUUAUAAACAGUGGAACCAGUGUUUUUGCGGGGUUUGUGGUCUUUUCUGUUCUUGGCUUCAUGGCAGCUGAGCAGGGUGUUGAUAUCAGUAAAGUAGCUGAGAGUGGUCCAGGGUUGGCGUUUAUUGCCUACCCUAAAGCAGUCACUCUCAUGCCUGUGGCUCCACUGUGGGCCGUGCUCUUCUUCGUCAUGCUGCUCGUGCUGGGACUGGACAGUCAGUUUGUGGGUGUGGAAGGUUUCAUCACAGGGCUUCUAGACAUGCUUCCCCCAAAGUCCUACUUUAGUUCUGUACGCCGUGAGGUUGUCGUGGCAGUAUGCUGCAUCACCUGCUUCUUCAUCGACCUCUCCAUGGUAACAGAGGGAGGGAUGUAUGUGUUUCAGCUCUUUGACUAUUACUCAGCUAGUGGGAUCACGCUCCUAUGGCAGGCUUUCUGGGAGUGUGUUGUAGUGGCCUGGGUGUAUGGGGCUGAUCGUUUCAUGGAUGAUGUGGCACGCAUGAUUGGUUAUCGCCCUCGGCCAUAUAUGAAGUGGUGCUGGUCCUACAUCACACCGUUAGUGUGUAUGGGAGUGUUCCUGUUUCACGUAGUUAACUACAAGCGGUUGGUGUAUAACGGGGUCUACGUGUAUCCAUGGUGGGGUGAGAUGCUGGGCUGGGCUCUUGCUCUGUCCUCCAUGCUCUGUAUCCCCUUAACCAUCCUCUACAAACUCUUACACUGCAAAGGUUCCCUUAUAGAACGCUGGCAGCACCUGACCACACCCAUUUGGGGGCGGCACCACCUUGAAUUCCUUUCACCUGAGACUGAAGUCAAACUGCUGCCCAAUAAUGAAGCAAGCAAAAACACGCUCUUGUUUGAAAGCGUCAUCUGAAUAAUGAGUGUGGCAUACAUACACACACACACACACACACACACUACUAGCUUUGUUGUAUGACACUGUAAGCUAAUGCAUGCACACACACUGCAACAGACCAAGCAGUCACAUCACAGUGACUAAUACAGAAAUACACAGGAGUCACAGACAGUGCUCCCAUUGAAUCAGUAGUAAACUCCAGUCCUGGAUUCUUGUGCUAUACUGCAACAACAGUGCACAGUUUACCUGCUCUAACACAAUAUAAUUCAACUCACCAACACCUUGAUAAUUAGCUUUUGCAAUGUUUCAAGAGACUGAAAACACUACAAUGAUGAUUUUUGUUCCCUCACCAACUCUUUCUUUCUAUCCUUCAGUCUUUCUCUCGCUUUCUGUCCUAUACAGGAAAUAUGUCAUUCUGUCAGUGAUAGUGUGAAGCACUUAAUCAUAUGUUUUCAUCAGGAGGUGUGUAUAUUCUGUUCUGUGUUGUCUUGUUGUCUAGUAGAGUCAUUGGCAUAUCGAAGCAGUCUUGUGUAAAAUAAAGGCAAAAAAUUAAAAUAUAAUUCACAUCAGUGUUUUGUC